CAUCUACUUCCUGUCUAUUUCCUGGAUUUGGCUGCAUGGGUCUGUCCAAACUUUUACAAAGAAAAAUCAGUGCAUAUGCCGAUAAUGCAGAGCACAGGGGCAGAGUACUGAAGCACGGACCCGGAAGUUAGGUUAGCUUGUUUUUAUUUCGGCGUGCUGCUUCUUGAAUGUUUGCUCGGCUAACAUGACAUGCUGGAGUUUAACUAACGUCCACUUCCAGCCCACAAUAAGGACGCAGAGAGCUAAUGUUCCUCGGGGCUUGUCUGUCUGAAAAGCUUCUGCCAGGUGACAUUAACAUGUCGUCAGGAAGUGUCACUUGGUUUGGUAACGUUUGAGUCUCUAAUGUUAGCUUACGAUGCCCCUUGCUCCUGCAAACCAGUCCCAGUUGAUUCGGUCGAGUCAAAAGGACGAAUAUUAUCAGACCUUCCUGAGAAACAACGCCAACGAAGCGUUUCAAGCACUUGCUGGAUCCAAAAGAUGGCUGGACUGGCGGAGAGAGAUAGAGCUGCUGGCAGACCUCACAUAUUACGGGAUAACAACAUUCUCAGGUUACCAAACCCUUGGUGAAGAAUAUGUCAACAUCAUCCAGGUGGAUCCCAGUAAACAUAAAGUCCCCUCCACAGCCAGACGAGGCCUCUUUGUCCUCUGCCAUGCCUUCUUUCCUUACCUUCUGGACAAGGUUCUGAUGUGCCUGGAGAAUGAGCUGGAAGGUGGGCAGGAGAGCCGCAGUGGUGUCAGUCGCCGGCAGGCACCAUUCAGGCUAUGGAGCCUGGAGUCUUGGCUGAGGAGGUGGAUGCAGAGGGCAGUGGGGCUGCUGUCAGAGCCCCAGAGGAAGGCAUGCCUGCCCGCUGUGUUUUUCCUCCAGCAGAGUCUGACUCUCCUGCACAGACUACAUGUGGCUCUUUUCUACAUCAGUGGCUCUUUCUAUCACCUAUCAAAGAGAGCAGCUGGUAUCAGCUAUCUUCGUGUGAUGGGGCUGAACAGCAAUGACGGGAACAUCCGAAGCAGCUACAGGCUGCUGGGGGCCGUGUCUCUCUUCCAGCUGCUCAUCACAGUUUGUCUGCAGCUCAACAACUUCAGACAGAGACAGAGAGCCAGGCAGGAGUGGAGGCUCUACAGGGACCUCAGUCCUCAGCGCACACAGAGUUCAGGUUCCAGAGUUGUCCGCUGCAUCCUCUGCCUGGAGGAGAGGAGACACUCCACGUCCACCCCGUGUGGACACCUCUUCUGCUGGGAGUGCAUCACAGAGUGGUGCAACACCAAGGCUGAGUGCCCUCUGUGUCGAGAGAAGUUCCAGCCUCACAGACUGGUGUACCUGAGGAACUACAGCUAAAACUGCAGACCCUGAUAAUAAACACACAAACACACACUUUUUUUUUUUUUGGUUGUUUCUGACUAAAAUUUUGGAUUGUAUCUGUUCAAAGUUGUAAAUACUAAUUUUAUUUUAAUUAUAACAUUAAAACAACAGAUUCUAAUAAAAUGA